UCGAAAUCUUUGUCCGGUUCAAGAAUGGGGAGAAUCAUUCGCCUUGAGCUCGACAAUUUCAAAUCCUACAAAGGACACCAAGUCAUUGGUCCUUUUCAUAAUUUCUCAUGUGUCAUUGGUCCAAAUGGAGCUGGUAAAUCUAACCUUAUGGAUGCCAUUUCCUUUGUCUUGGGCGUCAACUCUAUGCAGCUUCGGUCCCAAAAUCUCAAGGACUUCAUCUACCGUGGAGGGGCUAUGCAUGACGACCAAGAAGCGGAAGGGCUUUCGCAGCGAGAAACCAGACGAAAAGCCCAUGUCAAAAUCGUGUAUCAAGAAGACGGUGGCCGGGAAAUUCACUUUCUCAGAAGUGUCAAUUCCAGAGGUCAAUCCGAGUAUAAGAUUAAUGACAAAGUUGUGCUUUGGACGGCCUAUAAUGCUGCACUGGAAAAGGAGAAUAUCCUCAUUCGCGCUCGUAAUUUCUUAGUUUUCCAAGGCGAUGUUGAGCACGUCGCAAGUCAGAGCCCAAAAGACCUGACUUUGUUGAUCGAGCAUAUUAGCGGGUCUUUGGAAUAUAAGGGCGACUAUGACAAAUUGAAAAUCGAACAAGAUCGCGCAAUCGAAAAUAGUGCUUUUAGCUUCAAUAAGAAAAGAGGCAUUAACUCAGAGAUUAAGCAGUAUCAAGAACAAAAAGCCGAAGCAGAGAGAUAUGAGCAAUUGGGCGACGAUAUGAAGGAACAAAUCGUACGCUUCCUGCUCUGGAAACUUUUCCAUGUCGAGAAGAAGAUUGACGACUGUGAGACUGAAGCAGAGGAGAAACGUGUUGAAAUUAAUACUGCAUACUCAGAUCAGUCAUCCGUCGAUGAAGAUUUCAAAACUGCUAGAAAACAAUUGGCUGUUCUUCACAGAGAGCGUAUCAAGAAAGAGCUCAGUAUCAAGACAUCUGAAAAAGAUCUGCAGCACUACCGCCUAAACGGUAUUAGCCUUGACGAAAAAAUUGCCCAUUUGACGAAGAAAGUACAGCAGACCACUGAAAAUCAUGCUCGAGUGGCCAAGGAUUUUGAACAUCAAAAUACCAUUGUGAAUGGACUCGAAGAUGAUCUUACCAGAUUGAAUGCAGUUCUCCAAGAAUGCAAUGUCAAGCUACAAGAAAGUGUCUCAAAGUCUGGCCCUGUGUUGGAUGCCAGUCAAAUUGAAGAAUACAAUGCAAGAAAGCAGCAAGUCAGCAACCAGGCUGUUUAUGAGAAGCACCAGCUUUCUAACCUUCAGCGACAGUUCAAGUCUAAUCAAGAAAUGACUCUCCGAAUGGAAGAAAAGCUUACUGAGCUCAGAGAUCGCCAAACUCACCUUGGCGACGAUGAACAGGUGUUAAUUCAAUACGGCCAUGAUGUUGAAGUUCAGAUCAGCAAUACUACCAAAGACCUCGAGGUUAGAAAGAUGGAACUUGAAGCUUUGCGCAAUGAGCAAUCGCAAAUACUUGAAAAGGAGCAAGAUUUGAAUGAUAAACUGCAAGAGACACUUCAUCGGUUGAUGCAAGCGAGAAUUGACAAAAAUGAGUCAGAGAAAGAAACUCGAUUCAAAGAAUGUUUGCAAAAUUUGAAACAAAUAUAUCCUGGAUUCCAUGGCAGAUUGGCUGAUCUAUGCAAGCCCACUCAACGCAAGUACGACUUGGCGAUAUCCAUUGUCCUUGGUCGAAACAUCGAUGCUGUUGUGGUUGACAACGAAAAAACAGCUAUGGACUGCAUCCAAUACAUGCGAGACCAACGCGCCGGUCACGCUACCUUUAUUCCCAUCGAUACCAUUGUUGCUCCUGUGGUGGAGGAUCGCUUCCGCACCUUUGCCAAAGGCGCCAAAUUGGCUGUGGAUGUCCUCGAGUACGAAGACCAGUACGAACGUGCAUUGAUGUAUGCCUGUGGUAAUGCCUUGGUGUGCGAUACCCUUGCCAUUGCAAAGCACAUUUGUUACGAAAGAAACCAAGAAGUGAAAGCUGUAACUUUGGAUGGUACUGUCAUUCAUAAGAAUGGCUUAAUCACUGGAGGUGAAGGUGUAUCUGCAGCAAAGCAAUGGGAGGAACGAGAACUGGAAGGCCUUAAGCAAACUCGGGACAACUUGCUUGCACAGUUGAAUGAGCUCAGCAAGAAGAAGCGACGCGGUUCUGCCGAAGAGAAUGCCAGGGCUGAAUGCGAAGCCCUUGAGACCAAGCUUAACUUCUUGCAUGAUGAAUUGAAAGGAACGCAAAACAAACUUUCCGGUAUCCGUGAUGAAUUGACUCACUUGAACAACCACAUAGCCACAGAAGAUAUACCAUAUCAACAGGCAAAGGAUGAGCUUCAAAGACAACACCAAACCAUUGCUGAACUUGAAGAUCACAUUAUUCGUAUUGAAGACGAAGUCUUCAGCGACUUCUGUUCUCGUAUUCAAGUGGCUAACAUUCGCGAAUACGAGAGCAGCCAGGUGCGUGGUGCCCAAGAGCUCAGAGAAAAGCAGUUGAACCUAACGACACAGCGAUCCAAAGUCGAGAAUCAAUUGUUAUUCGAGAGACAACAGCUUGAAGAGCUUCAACAACGCUUUUCUAGGCUCGAGCAAACACUUGCUGCUGAUGCUUCUGAAAUCGAAUCCAAGAACCUCGAAAAGGAUGAAUAUCUUGGCAAACUUCAAAAGAUUCAAGAUAACAUGACAAGGGUGGAAAAUCAAGUGUCUGAGCUUAAAGCCAAGGAAGAGGCUCAAGAAAAGCUGGUUGAAGAACAGCGGAAAUCUCUCUCCCAAAAAGGCCAAGAGGUUGACAAGAUGAUGAAGGUUGUUACAGAUAUGGAGACUGCUAUUGAAAAACUGCAUGCCGAGCGUAUGUCCAUCUUUAGAAAGUGCAAACUGGAGGAAAUCAAUAUACCCCUUAACCAAGGUAGUAUGGAAGACGUACCUAUGGAUGACAGUGAGAAUAAUAGUGAAGCCAUGGAUCUAGAUGAACCUUCCCAAAUAUCUACGCAAAUGUCAGUGUUGUCCUCGAACUGGUCGAUUGCCGUCGACUAUUCAGCGCUCAGUCGUAAUUUGAAGGACAACGACGAUUCAUCCAUUGAAGAGGAGUUCCAGACCACUAUCCGAGAUCUCUCCGAGCAAUUGGAUAAGAUGGCACCUAAUCUCAAAGCAGUAGAUCGUUUGGAAGGAGUCGAGAAUCGACUGAAAGACACAGAGGACCAGUUUGAAAAGGCGAGAAAGGCUGCUAAGCGUGCUAAAGAGAAGUUCAACACUGUGAAGCAGAAGAGAUACAACCUUUUCAUGGACGCUUAUAACCAUAUCUCCGAAAAGAUCGAUCAGGUCUAUAAAGAUCUCACCAAGAGUGCCAAUCAUCCACUUGGUGGAACAGCGUACCUGAGUCUCGAGGACAACGAGGAACCCUAUUUGGAAGGCAUUCGAUACCAUGCUAUGCCACCCAUGAAACGGUUCCGUGAUAUGGAACAGCUUUCUGGAGGCGAAAAGACUAUGGCUGCUUUAGCUUUGCUCUUUGCUAUCCACAGUUAUCAUCCAUCACCCUUCUUUGUGCUGGACGAAGUAGAUGCAGCCCUUGACAAUGCUAACGUCUCCAAAAUUGCCACAUACAUUCGGGAACACUCUAAUGAUAAAUUCCAAUUCAUCGUUAUCUCCCUUAAGAGCAUGCUUUAUCAAAAGGCAGAAAGUCUAGUGGGUAUCUACCGAGACCAGGAGAUUAACAGUAGUCGAGUUCUGACCCUUUCGCUUGAUCAAUACGAAGAUUAGAGUGAAAAAUGAUAUGGAGUGAUGACCAAGUAUACGUAAAUAAAAAAUAUUCGUUAAUACGUCAAAGUGUUUCGACUCUGAUCCAAU